AUGACAACUUUAGCUGCUAAAAUUGCGGAAAUUGAGACUGAGAUGGCCAGAACUCAGAAAAACAAGGCCACUGAAGGCCAUUUAGGCCUAUUGAAAGCUAAAAUGGCCAAGUUAAAGAGAGAACUCAUUGAGGGCUCAGGAAAAUCAGGCGGUGGUGGAGAAGGUUUUGAUGUCUCCAAAACUGGAGAUGCCAGAGUCGGUCUCAUCGGAUUCCCUUCAGUAGGAAAAUCUACCCUCUUGACUAAGCUAACAGGUCAAUUUUCAGAGGCUGCUGAUUACGAGUUCACAACUCUUACUUGUAUUCCAGGUGUUUACAAGUACAAGGGUAGCAAGAUCUAGCUGCUUGAUUUGCCAGGUAUUAUCGAAGGAGCUAAGGACGGUAAGGGUAGAGGUAAACAAGUUAUUGGAGUCGCUCGUACCUGCUCACUUAUUUUAAUUGUACUUGAUGCUAUGAAACCACUUACUCAUAAGAGAAUCAUCGAAAGAGAACUAGAAGGCUUUGGUAUCAGACUCAAUAAGAGACCACCUGAUAUUAUUAUCAAGAGAAAGGACAAGGGAGGUUUGAACAUUAUGAAGUCUUAAAGUUUGGAGAUGACUAAGAUGUCAGAUGACACUAUUAAGUCCAUUGCUCAUGAGUAUCGUAUCAGCAAUGCAGAUAUUUACUUCAAGUCUAAUGCCUCUGCUGAUGACUUGAUUGAUGUCAUCGAAGGAAACAGAGUAUAUACUCCAUGCAUUUAUGUCAUUAACAAGAUCGAUCAAAUCAGUAUUGAGGAACUUGAAUUACUUGAUAAGGUACCUCACUAUGUUCCCGUAUCUGCCAAGGAUGAGUGGAACUUUGAUGAACUUAUGGAAAAGAUUUGGGACUAUCUAGAUUUAAUCAGAAUUUACACUAAACCUAAAGGUCAGAUCCCUGAUUAUGAAGCCCCUGUCAUUGUCCCAAGAGGCCAUUCAACAAUUGAGGGAUUCUGUAAUAGAUUGCAUAAAGCAUUGGUAAAGGAGAUGAAGUAUGCUAUGGUUUGGGGAACAUCAGUAAAGCACAAUCCUUAGAAAGUCGGUAAAGAUCAUUAGCUUAAUGAUGAAGAUGUGGUCCAAAUCAUCAAGAAACUCUGA